AUGAAAAUUCUUCUAUUCUUUUUCUACAUAUUCAUAUUCCUCCCUUCUCCAACAACUUGUCUCACAAGGUUCACCGUCCCAGAAUCUGCACAAAUCGGUCAUCGGAUAGGAUGGAUUUCUGGGAGACAGGAAGAAUCGGUGGCUCCGAAGUAUUUUGUGGUGUUUCCGGAUGAGCAGACUUCGAAAUUUCUGAAAGUCGACGAACGAACUGGAGAAAUCACGACGAUAGCUCACUUGGAUUAUGAAAAACGAUCGAAAUUCGAUAUUGUAGCUGUAAGAGUUGAAGAAAGUGGAGAAACGAUAGAUAUAUUGGUAGAAGUGGACGAUGAGAACGAUAAUGCGCCGAGUUUUGCAGAUCAGAGUGUCAAGCUCGAAAUCUCGGAAUUCGCUCAACUCGGAACUUCCUUCGCCCUUCCGACGGUCACCGAUGGAGAUGGUCCGAAGUUUGAUGUUCAUCGGUUUGUGAUACUUCAAGGAAAUGUUAAUAAUGUUUUCAAGUUGACAUCCCGAAAAGUGAAUGAACAACUUCAAGCGGAUCUAGUGGUCAAUGGACAGUUGGAUAGAGAAUUCCGAGAUAAAUAUGAAUUACUGAUCGAGGCACAGGAUGGUGGAAAACCUGCUAAAACCGGUCAACUCCGAUGUUCUAUCGAAAUUGUCGAUGCUAACGACAACGCUCCAGUGUUCACGAGAAGCCGUUACACCGCUUCAGUAUCCGCCAACGUCUCCAUAGGCUCCCAUAUCAUCACAGUCCAGGCAACUGACGGUGACAUUGGAGAGAACUCCAGAAUCUCUUAUGAAAUCAAGAAGACGUCCUCUCCAUCUAAUUCCAACUUUGCGAUAUCUUCUUCUGGAGUCAUCACGACGACGGCUACAUUGUUGCCUGCUUCCACUCAUGACGUCAUAGUGGUGGCUUCAGAUCACGGAAAUCCGCCGUUAAGUUCAUCGGCAGUUGUAACAAUUAGCGUGAUGGGAAGUACCUUGGCUUCGCCACCAUUGGAUAUCAUUUGGUUGGUCGAAUCGAACUCUGCCCACCUCCCGGAAAACUCUACUCUCGGCUCCAUCGUCGCCCGUGUCAGCAUUGCUCAAAUGUACCGUGACACCAAACUGCGCCUAAUCGGAACCACCUCCCUAUGCCCCCAACAAACCGAUCAAUCCCAUGUAUAUCUUCUUCUUCUCUGCGGAAUCUUGGAUCGAGAGACAACUUCUGAAUAUCAUUUGAAAUUUCUACUUGAAAAAGACGGGCAGAUAAUAGUAGAGCAUCCACAACUCCUCACUAUCGGAGAUAUCAACGACAACGCUCCUCAGUGGCAUAGCUCCCAGAUACACAUCUCCUUGAAUCGUACGGCAGGAGGAUCGAGAACACUAACAGCGAAGGAUCCGGAUUUAGGGCAGAAUGGGUGGAUAAGGUAUUCGGUGUUGGAUACGGAUCUGGUGUCGAUUGAUAAAGAGACGGGGAGAGUUUUUGUGACGAAUACGAUCGAUUGUAACGUAGGUUCGGAGAUCAAAUUUAGAGUUCGUGCCGAGGAUGGAGGCAGUCCAGCGUUGUCGACGGAUUUGCAGGUGAUCGCAGACCUUCUCGACUCUGAAUCCAAACCUCCACAAUUCGAAAAAGCCCUUUGGCAAGUGGAGAUUGCUGAGGACACACCCGUCGGGACUUGUCUUGUCAAGGUACUUUUUUUCUGCUUUUUGACUCUCUAG